CAGCAAUUCUGUCCGUCUUCAAAUGGCUAUGGGGCUUAGGUAUUAGGCUAACUCAAACUUUCAGUAGUUACUUGAUAGUUCCCGACACUGCGAGGUGGAGCCGCGGGGACUGCUUCCAAGCAGGUUCAUGGCGGAAUGUUAUUGAAUGCAUACCAAGAGCUUCUUAUUCGACCAAUGGCGUUGAAAUGAUUACAGGUCGAAGUGCAGUCAAUAAUUCCUAUGGGCCUGUCGAGCCAUUAAAAGAAACCAUUUUGUCGGGUCGGGCGGCAUUUAUCUACCGGUACUAGCGUCGACAGGUUUAGGCUCAGCCGGGGCGCUUUCCGUCUACAUUAUGAUUCCAAUAUAAGAACUAUGGCGCCAUGAUGGACUGCGGUUGCCUGCGGGAGACCAAGUAUUGAUGUCGCGUGUGGCCCUUCGGCAGUAGCACUUCAUACGGUGCGUCCAGACGUGUGGAUCACUGCAUGCUUGCGUGUAGUGACGACUCUUGUGUGCGGGUGAGGAUUUGCAAUUUGUCAGCGGCACCAUUACAGCAACGGCAGCAGCAACAGCAACAACAUCGUCAGCAGCCAGAUCAGUUGCCAGUCAGAUCAGUUGCCAGUCAGAUCAGUUGCCAGUCAGAUCAGUUGCCAGUCAGAUCAGUUGCCAGUCAGAUCAGUUGCCAGUCAGAUCAGUUGCCAGUCAGAUCAGUUGCCAGUCAGAUCAGUUGCCAGUCAGAUCAGUUGCCAGUCCGAUCAGUUGCCAGUCAGAUCAGUUGCCAGUCCGAUCAGUUGCCAGUCAGAUCAGUUGCCAGUCAGAUCAGUUGCCAGUCAGAUCAGUUGCCAGUCAGAUCAGUUGCCAGUCCGAUCAGUUGCCAGUCAGAUCAGUGCAGCCGCAGCAAUGGUCUCAGCAGCAGCAGCAACGCAGUGGGUGGGGGGUUCAGUUGCUUUGUGUGACACCUGUCAUUGUGCCGUGCGUGCUUAUCGCUGUUGACCCCUCCUUAAUAGCACAUCUCUUUACCCCCUCCUUGUACGCCCUGCCUUCUCGCAUGUGCCACGCGAGUCCUCUGGAUGCGACGUCAGGAGGCAUCUAACGAGGCCGUCACCGCCCACGAGUACUUGCUACAAGGACGACCCUGAGACCCCCCAAGCCAAGACAGCUGGCAAAUGAAGGUGUUUUGUCACCCCAUGGUGUCACCCCGGCCGCCACGGUGUUGAGACACAUUGCUCACGUAAGUCUGGGGGGCUGUCUGGGGGGUUGCGGUACCGGUGAGGGGACUUGGGGAUUUCGUUCUGCAUGCCUUGGGGAGCCCGCCUGCCGAAAACCCAGCUGCUGCUGCCACUCAGUCAGCCAGCCUUUUCAGCAGUACGCAGCAGCAGCAGCCGAUCAGCAAUCAGCAGGGUUUGGGCAUGCGGGCAUGUCCUGUCUUUUCACGACAUGCUCUACCACCGGCCGGUUUCCAUCCUUGCCUCCUGGUGUAUGUUUCUAAUCCCGCCGCUGU